AUGGCGGGCCCUUCUCUGAUGGACUCCCUCUUCCAGCGCUCGGUCGACGACGUAAUCAAGGGUAUCCGCCUCAGCCCGCCGGGCACCGAGCCCGCCUUCAUCGCCCGAUCCCUCGACGAGAUCCGCCGCGAGAUCAAGUCGACCGACCCGGAGACGAAGGCCGUCGCCCUCCACAAGCUCGCGUACCUCCACUCCCUCCACGGCGCGGACAUGUCCUGGGCCGCCUUCCACGCCGUAGAGCUCUCCUCCUCCGUCGCCCACCACCAGAAGCGCGUCGCCUACCUCGCCGCCUCCCUCUCCUUCGAUCCCUCCACCACCCAGGUCAUCCUCCUCCUCACCCACCAGCUCCGGAAGGAUCUCUCGUCCUCCAAUGUCCACGACGUCAGCCUAGCUCUCUCCACCCUCUCCUCCAUCUGUAACCCCGAUCUGGCCCGGGAUCUGACGCCGGAGCUCUUCGCGCUGCUUGGUAGCAGUAAACUUUUUGUGAGGAAGAAGGCGUUAGCGGCGGUUCUGAGGGUUUUUGAACAGUACCCAGACGCUGUGCGCGUAUGUUUCAAAAGAGUUGUUGAGAAUCUAGAGAAUGCUGACAUGGGGAUUUUGUCUGCGGUUGUGGGGUUGUUCUGUGAGCUCACUGAAAAAGAGCCAAGAUCCUACUUGCCGCUGGCUCCCGAGUUUUAUAAGAUUUUGGUGGACUGUAGAAAUAACUGGGUGUUGAUUAAGGUACUUAAAAUUUUUGCCAACUUGGCUCCUCUGGAACCGAGGUUGGCCAAGAGGAUUGUGGAGCCCAUCUGUGAGCAUAUGGGAAGGACGGGAGCUAAAUCGUUAGCGUUUGAAUGUGUGAGGACAAUCAUGACUAGUUUGAGUGAGUACGAUUCUGCAGUUAAGCUUGCAGUGGGGAAAGUGCGGGAGUUUUUGUUAGAAGAUGAUCCCAACCUUAAAUAUCUUGGGCUGCAAGCACUGGCCAUUCUUUCAGACACGAAUGUAUGGGCUGUUUUGGAGAACAAGGAUUUGGUGGUUAAGGCCCUGAGCGAUGUUGAUGAGAAUAUUAAACUUGAGGCCCUACGGCUUGUGAUGUGUAUGGUCUCUGAGGAUAACGUCAUGGAAAUCUGUAGGAUUUUGAUCAGUCAGGCACUUAAGUCUGACCCCAAGUUCUGUAACGAGAUUCUGGAUUUCAUUCUGCGGACUUGCUCGAGGAAUUUAUACGAGGUAGUUUAUGAUUUUGAUUGGUAUGUGUCAUUUCUUGGUGAUAUGGCGAGGGUUCCGCAUUGCCAUAUGGGGAGCGAAAUCGAGGACCAACUUGUUGAUAUUGGCAUGAGGGUUAAGGAUGCCAGGUUUCAGCUUGUUCAGGUUGCUCGUGAUCUGGUGAUUGACCCUGCAUUACUCGGGAACCCAUUUAUACAUGGAGUUUUGGCGGCUGCUGCCUGGAUUUCGGGAGAGUACGUCGAGCUUUCAAGAAACCCAUUUGAGAUCACAGAAGCUUUAUUACAGCCACGAACCAGUCUCCUUACUCCAUCAGUAAGAGCUGUAUAUAUUCAGUCUGUAUUUAAAGUACUUGUGUUCUGUCUGAAUUCGUAUCUCAAGUUAAAUGGAGAUGAUGCAUUGCCCUCUGUGCCAGCAUAUUCAGACUUUAAAGAUAACGAGGGGGAUUUUGAAACAGUAGCAAGUCAGCCAUUACCCGAUGGUCCUGACCUGGAUAAUCCGAAUUUGGCUGCUAAGAAUGGACAGAAUCUAUCAUCUUCAAGAACACAACAUCUUUCUCUAGAAUCUCUUAUGGUUGUAAUUAAUCUGAUAGAAACAAAUUUGGGGCCCUUGGCUGGUAGUAAUGAAGUUGAAGUGCAAGAGAGGGCGAGAAAUGUCCUAGGAUUGAUUAAGUUGAUUAAACCUAUAUUGCUUGACCAGAGAGAAGUUGAUACAGUUGGCGAAGGACUGAAGCAUAUUGAAGUGGUGAAGCUAAUUUUUGGUGCAUUUUCGAAGGAUCUUGGUCCAGUUUCAUCUAAUGCCCAAGAGAGGGUACCUGUACCUGAUGGGUUGGUACUUAAAGAAAAUCUUCGUGAUUUGGAUGAUAUAUGUGGUGAAACUCAGUUGCCUGUAUCAACUUCUUUCUCCUUAGUCAAACAUUCAAUGGUAGUAGAGGUUCCUAGCCAUCCAGAACACCCGAGCAAGGAAGAAUUCGAACCGUCAAGUAAGUCCACAUCCUUACUUGCAGAGCACAGGAAGCGGCAUGGCCUGUAUUACCUUCCUUCAGAAAAAGCAGGGACAACAUCCAAUGAUUAUCCACCUGCUCAUGACCCUAAAGAGACGAUUACUGAUGAGGCUGAAGAUCUUGUGAAGUUAACAGAACAAUCGCUUGUCAUUAGGAAAAAGCCAAAUCAAGCCAAGCCUCGGCCUGUGGUUGUGAAAUUGGAUGAUGGGGAAGGAUUUAAUUUAGCGGCCAAGACUCCCGAGUUCAAGGCUGAUGUGAUUUCAGGUGCUGUGCAAGAAGUGCUGUUAGGUAAUGAAGCUACAGCAUCAACAUCAAGAAGGAAAUCUUCUAACAGGUCAAGUAAGAGAAGGGUGGUCAAUGACUUAAAUGUUGGGGUAUCUGAACCGAAAAACGAAACAGUGAAGGCCGAUGUAUCGGAGAUCGGUAAUCCUGGUUCAGGAAGAAGAAAGCACCAUGGCCAUGGUAAAGAGAGGAAAAAUCGGAAUUCUGGAAAAGAUAAAGAUCAUGAAAACAAAGACAAGCAGAAGAGUGAGCAUGCACAUGGUAAGCACAGGUCGCGACACAGAGCAGAUGGAGCAUUAGCAGCUCAAUCACCAGUCAUUCCGGAUUUUCUCUUAUAG